AUGCUCUUGUAUGUUGCAAUUGUGUGGCCUGAUAUUCUUCAUUUCUCAAUCUACAAGGUCAGCGGUUGGUCCAUUGUUGAUUCAGGAAGUGCUAAGCUUCUGGCUUGGGAUACAUGCUCUGACAGAUUUGCUAUAUUAGAGUCCACAGUACCUCCGAGAAUGACCAUUAUUCACAAGGGAAGUUCAUCAAGAAAAGCUAAAGAAGCAGCUGCAGCGGUGGCGGCAGCUCAGGCAGCAGCAGCAGCUAACUCUGCUUUUGCUAAUGUUCAAGUUCGCAUUUUGCUGGAUGAUGGAACGUCGAACAUAUUAAGGAGGUCCAUAGGUACCUGCAGUGAGCCGUUACCCCUGGUUCUUCAACAAUUCACUCUGCUAUCGUCAGGAUAUGGAAGUAGUGGUUCUUAUGAUGAUGGAUUUUCUUCUCAGAGAUCUACCGCUAAGGCAGUGCCUCAAAACUUUCAGUUUUUCAGGCUGCAAGAGGAUCGGCACCAGCAUUAUAUUGUCAUCUGUACAUUGCGCCCCCAGUUUAGAUACCUUGGAGAUAUUGCAAUUGCUUAUGCCACUGGAGCAGUUUUGCAAAAGAGACAAUUAUUUGUGGCUACACCAACUACAAUCGAAUGCGUCCUUGUGGAUACUGGAGUUGCACCUAUUGACAUAGAAACAAGAAAGAGAAAAGAAGAGAUGAAAAUAAAAGAGGCACAAGCAAGAGCAGUCGCGGCUCAUGGAGAGUUGGCUCUUAUCUUUGUAAAUGGUCCCCAAACUGCUAAAGAUAAAAAAAUAACACCGAGACCACCUAUGUUACAGUAUUGUCGAGGCAUAUGCCAAGGCACUAUGGCACAACGUAAACGAGCAAAGUGGCUUUUCCCCUUCAGACAAGGCACCUUUGAUGAGGCACAUGCUUUUUGCGCCUAUGUGAAUUCUUUCAAGGCAAAAGUUGAAAAUGGAAGUGAAGAACAGAAAUGCACUCUAAUAGCUAGCACUCAGUUGGCUUCGUUUGCUGUAAUUACUUCCUCUUAUGGGCUGAAGAUUGUAGAUGAUUCAGUGCAGUAUGCCUUAUCGUAUACUCACGCUCCUUCUGUGCCAGCUUUUUUGUCGUCUCCAAAGCAACUUAACGUUUUGGGGGAUGCCAUAGAAGAAAAAAAGGUUAAUGAGAUAGUUGUUGGUGGUGGAGGGGUCACAGUAGCAGUUACUCAUUUUUCAACUGAGCAAAAGCGACCAGUCAGACCAUUAAUUGUGGUAUGUGACUGUGCAUGCCUUGUCCCUAAGUCAUCCAGGCAUUCGUUGUCGGUGCCUCGUGCUUAUGGAGAUGCCGUUAGUGCAGUGAAAUGGGCAAUUCGGCUUGCCAGGGAACAUCAUGAUGAUUUAGCACAAUUUUUACUCGGAAUGGGAUAUGCCACUGAAGCACUUCAUUUACCUGGCAUAUCUAAGAGGUUGGAGUUUGAUUUAGCCAUGAAGAGUAAUGAUUUGAAAAGAGCUCUUCAAUGUCUUCUUAAAAUGAGCAACUGCAGGGACAUAAGACAGGAUAAUCCAGGGCUUGAUAUGAAAGAUAUCCUUAAUCUAACCGCUAAGAAGGAAAAUUUGGUCGAGUCUGUUCAAGGAAUCGUAAAAUUCGCCUAG